AUGGGCGGCGCGGCGACCAGCGCCCUCUCGGCCUCCUGCGGCGCGCCCGGGGGCCCGUGCUUCCACGCGUUCGGCAGGCGGAGCGUGUCCGUGCUGCCGGUGCUCAGCCCAGGGUACACGUUGUCGGUUGCGUUCGAGACCACGGUGCCCGAGCCCGGGGCGGAGCCCGAGGGGCGCGUGUACUUCGUCGUGGGCGACAGGCACGGCGAGGGGAUCUUCUACGACAAGCCGAAGCUCCCAAGGAGCAUCUCGGCCCGCGGCUGGCGCCCUUGUGUGCUGAUGUGCGCGUCGGAGUCGCGGCUCCGGGUGCUGCCCUUCCAGUAG